UAUUUAAUCCGUUAUUUAUAUUUCAUUGUAAAAUAUGUACCUAACUGAUCAAAAAAUUUGAUCACUAGAAAGUACGAAUAGUAGCGACAUAACUUAUUAUGCGGAUUAAAUUGGUACUUUCAUUUUCAUAUGGGUGUGUAAGAUCAUACAAACGUAUACUGAUAUAUAGAAUCAUAAAUAAUUGAUAAAUGACUAUAUAGUGUAUAUAACAAUGGCGCCUAAUCAACGUCAGCGUCAACUAUUUUAUUCAAAAAAGGAUUUAAGAAAGAUCAAUGGCAGGAGAUUUUCAAAAUUAGAAGAAUCAGACAUUGGACUUAUAUAUCCAGGCGUAGAUACAGCAUUUAAAUUAAUUUUAUCUGCAAGAUUUUGUUCAGCUAUAUGGUCUCAUAUAACAGACUGUGAUGAAACUUAUAAUUAUUGGGAACCAAGUCAUUACUUGCUUUAUGGAAUCGGUCAACAAACAUGGGAAUAUAGUCCUGAAUAUGCAUUGAGAUCAUAUACUUAUUUAUUAAUGCAUAUAGUACCAGCAAAGCUCUAUAAUUAUCUAUUAGAACCAAAUCCAGUUUUAAUAUUUUAUUUCAUACGAUGCCUGUUAUCUGUGGGUUGUGCUUUAUCAGAAGUAUAUUUUUACAAAAAUGUAUGUCGUGAAUUUGGAGUUCAUAUUGCAAGGCUUACACUUGUAUUUCUUAUUCUUAGUUCAGGCAUGUAUAUAUCCAGCUCUGCUUUUUUACCAUCAUCUUUUUCAAUUAAAUCAUUAUGGUAUUAUAGGUACUUAAGUACAGUUGCUAUAGCAGCUUGGUAUGGUCGACAGUAUGAAUUUGCUAUUUUUGCCACUGCUAUAUCUUCCUUAUUAGGAUGGCCAUUUACAUCAUUACUUGGAUUACCAAUUGCCAUAGAAAUGUUAUUCCAUAGACAAGAAUGGAGCAAAUUUAUAAAAUGGGUGAUUAUUUCUGCUUUUGUAAUAUUAGCACCAAUGAUUUGGAUUGAUUCAAUAUACUAUGGCAGAUUUGUCCUUGCACCAUUAAAUAUCAUAAUGUAUAAUGUUUUCACUACUCAUGGACCUGAUAUUUAUGGCACAGAACCAUUUAGCUAUUACAUUGCCAAUGGAUUUUUAAAUUUUAACUUUAUCUUUAUUGGUGCAUUAAUCGCUCCAUUUGGAUUAUUUUUAGUUUGGCUUGUGAUACCAGCUAAACCAAGAGAGCGAUUAUGCUUACCUUACUGGUAUUCAUUGGCUCCAUUAUAUCUUUGGUUCAUAGUAUUUUUUCUACAAUCUCACAAGGAAGAAAGAUUUUUAUUUCCUGUAUAUCCAAUGAUUUGUUUGACUGGUGCAAUAUCAGUUGAUGUUUUGCAAAAGUUAUAUUUUUUUAUCAGAACAAAAUUUUGUCCAUUAUAUAUUGGAUGUCACUAUUCUCAAUACACUGCUCAUAUCAUGACUGUAGCCAUCAUUGUCUGUGGUUUUUUUGGUUUAUCUAGAACUUUUGCUUUGUAUAAAGGAUAUUAUGCUCCAAUGGAAAUUAUGAUUGAAACAAAUAAACUUGGCUCAGAAGGAGGAAUAUCAAGUGAUGGCAAUAUUAAUUUUUGCGUUGGUAAAGAAUGGCAUCGUUUUCCUGGUAGUUUCUUUCUCCCAUCAAAUAAUUGGAAACUUCAGUAUCUAAAAUCAGAAUUUAAAGGAGAAUUACCUCAGCCUUAUUCAAAUCAUGAAAAUGCAACAAGUAUAAUUCAACCUCAUUUCAAUGAUUUAAAUAAAGAAGAACCAUCUCGCUAUAUACCAGUGGAGAAGUGCCAUUUCUUAUUAGAUCUUGAUAUUGGUAUAGAUACAGAUUUAGAACCAAAUUACUCUAAAAUGUCUGAUCAAUUCAUUGUAUUAAAAUCUUCUAAAUUUCUAGAUGCAUCCAAAUCACAUUCUUUCUUUAGAGCAUUUUAUAUACCAUUUGUAUCAUAUAAAUAUUGCACAUAUGGUUCAUAUAAUUUAUUACAGAGUAGUAAACUUAUUUCAACUUCUUCAUUAUUGAGACAAGCAAAUACCAGGCCUUCUUGAAGAAAUU